AUGCAUCAGGUAGAAAACAAAAAGGUGGGAUGGUGUGGAAAUAUUACAUCAACAUAUAACUGGAUAGAGGUGGACUCAUCAAGGUUUUCAAAUCCUGUGUGUAAUACUGCCCUUGGUUUGGCUAGUGGGGCCAUUACAGAUGGUAUGAUUUCUGUGUCAUCAUCAGCGGCAGGGAAAACAAAAGAUAAGGUCCGAUACAACUGCUGUUCAGGAGAAGAGAACGGAGCAUGGUGUCCAGCAUCCAGCGACCAUCAGCCUUGGCUUGAAGUCAGACUUCCUAAACCUAUGGCCGUGUCUGGUUUGAAUUUUCGUCACCCCAGUCAAAAAAAUUUGCACACGUACCCUAGCAUGUACAUGGAGACUUUUGAACUGAAAUUCAUCUCUGCGAUGGAUCCGAUCAGAGAAUGGCGUAGCUUUUAUGAGCACAUACCUUCAAUUUACAAUUCCACUUUAUACUACAAUAUCGGUUUGAAUCCAUACAUCGUCACAGAUGCUAUUAGAAUUUAUCCAGAAACAUACCUCAAAGCAGCUUGUUUUAGAAUGGAGGUCAUUGGAUGCGAUCCAGCAGCUCUUUGUAGUAAAGAUUUCUGUAAGAACGGAGGGACAUGUAUUGGUGUUAAUGUUUGCAAAUGUACUUCUGGAUUCUAUGGGGACAGCUGUGAUAAACAAACUUCAACUAUGGUACACCUUAAUUUGGGAUUUACGCAAAUCAUACAGAAUGUUAUUCACACAAGCUUGCAAACUAUGUUUAACAUUCAUGGAACUGCAACCCUUGUUAACAGUGUCAAUGGAAAGGCAAUAAACCUAACAGGGAACAGUUAUAUCACAGUCAACAACACGGGAUUCAACGCCUGUCUUAAGGACAUUGACACGUGUUCGUCUGGUUUUACUCUUGCGAUUAACGUAAAUCUUCAUCAACUCACUGACAACACGUACAUUGUUUCCAGUGGUGGAGAUCUGCAGAAUCACAAAGGGAUAGCUCUCUUCUACCAAAAUAAUAAACUACAUUUUGUCGUUACAACAACAUCCAAACAGUGGAUCGUAUCGGUUCCAAAUACCCUGACCUUGAAUGUCUGGCACAAAAUCGAGCUCUCCUGGAGCAAGACAUCUGGGUCUUUACUUGUCAUUGAUAAUAACCUAGCUGGUUCUGUCAGCCAGCCCCAACCAACAGUGGCUCAACAGGUCAUGCCACUUACAAUAGGACACGGCUAUAACCACCAGGUGUCCAUCUCUAUGACCGUCAGUGGGGUGCAAACUUUUGAUUCUCAUAGGGAAAACCUUGUGAUUAAUGGAUUGGUAACUACUCCUAUACCAACCACGGCCCAACAAACAACAUCCACUGCAUCUACUACAACAAAAACAGCACCUCUGCCAAAGACGACAACACAAGCUGCUGCCACCACGGCCGGCUCUACAAGCCAAACUACAACUCCUUCCUGCGAUCAACAGACGUUAGAUUUUACUUUCAAUAAAAUUGAAGGAAACGUCUUGAUCACACCUUCAUAUAAUUUUACUGUCUAUGGCAAACCCGAUUUAACGCCUGAACAAAAUGGAAAAGCAAUUUUGGAACUCCACAAAGAUGGCCAGUAUGUUGAACUGCCAAAUUACGGACUAGAAUGUAUCCAAGAUAUGACGAAAUGUGAUCAUGGGUUUACACUAAGUGCAGAGAUCAAACUUAAGGACAUGAAUUCCACCGACAAGCGAUACAUAUUCUCCAGUGGAGGGGACCAAGUUGGGGCCAGUGGUCUUGCUCUUUACCUCUGGCAUGGUGACCUGUAUUGCUCUACAAAAAAAGACAACUUUAUAUGGACUGCCAAACAAAAAUUAGAUGUCAAAGCUGGAGAAUGGCACAUUUACCAAGUGUCGUGGAACAAAAAAGACGGAUUUAUAGUUUAUUUGGAUGGAAAAGUAUUCAUGUCUCAUUCAAUCAAAUUACCAAACCCUGAUCAGCCUAGUGUAUACCCAUUGUAUAUAGCAUAA